UUUUUUUCUUUAGAUUCUUUGUCUUUGUUCAGGAGCCUAAGGUUACUUGCUGAUCACAAGAAGAUGUUUCUGUGGCUCUUUCUGGUUCUGUCAUCUCCAGUUUCUUCUACAACUGCAGAUGCUGAUAUAUCUGUGGAAAUUUGCAAUGUUUGCUCCUGUGUGUCAGUUGAGCAUGUACUCUAUGUCAACUGUGAGAAGGUUGCAGUCUACAGACCAAAUCAGCUUAAACCACCGUGGUCUAAUUUUUACCACCUCAACUUUCAGAACAACCUGCUAAUUAUUCUAUAUCCAAAUACCUUUCUUAAUUUUACACAUGCAGUGUCCUUGCAACUGGGUAAUAAUAAGUUACAGAAUAUUGAGGGAGGGGCCUUUAUGGGUCUUAGUGCAUUAAAACAGUUGCACUUGAACAACAAUGAAUUAAAGAUUCUCCGAGCUGACACUUUUCUUGGCAUAGAGAACUUGGAGUAUCUCCAAGCUGACUACAAUUUAAUCAAGUUUAUUGAACGGGGAGCCUUCAAUAAGCUUCACAAGCUGAAAGUCCUGAUCCUUAAUGACAAUCUGAUUUCAUUCCUUCCUGAUAACGUUUUUCGAUUUGCUUCUCUAACCCAUCUGGAUAUACGAGGGAAUCGAAUACAGAAGCUUCCAUACAUUGGCGUUCUGGAACACAUUGGGCGAAUUGUUGAAUUGCAGCUGGAAGACAACCCCUGGAAUUGUACCUGUGAUUUGUUGCCUUUGAAAGCAUGGCUGGAGAACAUGCCCUAUAACAUCUACAUUGGAGAAGCCAUCUGUGAAACACCCAGUGACUUGUACGGAAGGUUGCUGAAAGAAACCAACAAGCAAGAGCUGUGCUCCAUGGGGACAGGGAGUGAUUUUGAUGUGCGCAUUCUGCCUCCCUCUCAGCUGGAGCCCGGUUACAGCACACCAAAUGGCCACACCACUCAAACAUCAGUGCACAGAUUAGUCACAAAGCCGCCAAAGACUACAAAUCCUUCGAAGAUCUCGGGGAUAGUAGCAGGCAAAGCACUAUCUAAUCGCAAUCUCAGUCAAAUCGUAUCUUACCAGACCAGGGUGCCUCCUUUGACUCCUUGUCCAGUCCCUUGUGUUUGCAAAACACAUCCUUCAGAUUUGGGAUUAAGUGUAAAUUGCCAAGAAAGAAAUAUAGAGUCAAUGGCCGAACUGGUACCAAAACCUUUAAAUGCCAAGAAACUGCAUGUCAAUGGCAAUUAUAUUAAGGAUGUUGACACUACAGAUUUCAUUGAGUUUGAGGGGCUGGAUUUGCUACAUUUAGGCAGCAAUCGCAUUUCAGUGAUCAAAGGAGAAGUUUUCCGCAACCUUACAAAUUUACGGAGAUUGUAUCUCAAUGGCAAUCAGAUAGAGCGUCUGAGCCCAGAAAUGUUUGCUGGUCUCCACAACUUGCAAUAUCUGUAUUUGGAAUACAAUGUUAUCAAAGAAAUCCUAGCAGGCACCUUUGACUUAAUGCCAAAUUUACAAUUGCUCUACCUGAACAACAAUCUUUUACGAAGCUUGCCAGCGUACAUUUUUGCUGGUGCACCACUUGCUAGACUGAAUCUGAGGAACAAUCAUUUCAUGUAUUUACCUGUAAGUGGCGUUCUUGAUCAGCUAAAAUCUCUUACACAAAUUGAUUUGGAAGGUAAUCCAUGGGACUGCACUUGUGAUUUAGUUGCUUUAAAACUGUGGCUUGAAAAGCUAAAUGAAGGUAUUGUGGUGAAGGAAUUGAAAUGUGAAACACCUGUACAGUUUGCUAACAUUGAACUUAAGUCUCUGAAAAAUGAGAUCCUCUGUCCUAAACUUUUAAACAAGCCAUCUGCUCUGUUCACUAGUCCUAUGCCCGCUGUUACUUUUACAACACCACUGGGACCAGUUCGAAGUCCUCCUGGUGGCCCAGUUCCGUUGUCCAUCCUAAUCUUAAGCAUAUUAGUUGUGCUUAUUUUAACAGUGUUUGUUGCUUUUUGUCUUCUUGUUUUUGUGCUUCGGCGCAACAAAAAACCAACUGUAAAGCAUGAAGGGAUUGGGAAUCAAGAAUGCAGUUCUAUGCAACUGCAGCUAAGAAAGCAUGAUCACAAGUCAAACAAAAAAGACGGACUAGGUGCAGAGGCCUUCAUUCCUCAAACCAUUGAGCAGAUGAGCAAAAAUCAUACCUGUGGCUUAAAAGAGUCUGAAACAGGCUUCACGUUUGCUGACCCACCAGGGCAAAAAGUCAUUCUGAGAAAUAUUAAUGAGAAGGAGAAAGAUUUAUUGCAUGUGGAUACCAGAAAAAGACUUAGCACAAUUGAUGAACUGGAUGAAUUAUUCCCUGGGAGGGAUUCCAAUGUAUUUAUUCAAAAUUUUCUUGAAAGUAAAAAAGAAUACAACAGCAUAGGGGUCAGUGGCUUUGAAAUACGUUAUCCAGAAAAACAACAAGACAAAAAACCCAAGAAAUCUCUAAUAGGUGGUAAUCAUAGUAAAAUUGUAGUAGAACAAAGAAAAAGUGAAUAUUUUGAACUAAAAGCUAAACUUCAAGGUUCACCUGACUACCUACAAGUCCUUGAAGAACAAACAGCUUUGAAUAAAAUAUAG